CGGACCGGGGCAGUGCUUCGAAACGUUCAGCAGCAAUGUAAGGACCUUCAGUUUUGGGAAGCUGUGCACACUCCGUCCGACGGCAGUGGAGACUUCGAAACCAUUAGAAAAAAAGUCCUCCUUAGCUACUUUCUAAGACCCGUCAAGGCUGGAUUUGCGUGGACGAUCCUGUUCAACGGACCUCUUUCCAAACUCCCAGCCACAGUGUUGCCAGAGAGAGACAGUUGGGCUAGUGCCUGAACUUCUUGACACAGGGUAGAGUACAGACCACGGAACUCCAGAAGCAUGAAGGUCGCUGUACUGAUCGCUGUGCUGAUUGCUGCGCUCACAAGUCCAGUACUGCCCUGUGAGCUUAAGGAGGUGACGGAUGAGAACCCCAUAAAAGUGACUCAGUCUUGGGUCUCUCAGGGCUGCUGGAGUGAGAACACCAGUGAAGGAAGAGAAAUCCACUUCAUUAACCUGAAUUUGGAGAAGAUCGACUGGAUUACAGUGGACCUGAAGAAUACAGUUCCUGCAGACAUCAUCCUGAACAGCAACAAAAAUGUCUUCGUGUUUUUAAUAAGCAACACUAUUAAUACAAAAGUCUACUUGAUAAGGUCGGAGUCCAAGAUCACAGUUACUGGACCAAAUAAUAGCAAGGUGGACCUGGAUCUUCCCUCAGACAUUCAGUCAGAUAGCAGUAGUCUUUUAGACUGGGCAAAGAACCAGUUUGGCGCAGUGACGUCCUUCACUGAGCUAAUAGACCCCCAGUCCAUCACCUUCAAUGCAGGGCGAGGCCAUUCUCAAGAUUGUGAACUGCAGACAGACUUUACCCAAGGGAAGUACCUUGAAUACCUGCCUAUAACAAGCACGGUGGAAGUGAAAUUUUGCAGGAUCCCAAUGCCAUCAGAGGUGAAAGAGGAAGUACACAUUAUUAGACAUCUGCCCGUGGACACCAUGAUACCAAGAUUAAUCGAAGUGAAUUUCACCUCUCAUAAUCCCGCAACUCUAAUUCUGCAAGGUCCUGACACUACGACAUGGAAAAUCAUAUGUCGCAUUGAUUGUAAAUUCAAGUCUAACAACUCGGUAAUUGUAAUGGGUCGUCAAUUACUGCCCGGAUUUCCCAAUCUCCCAGCCUCAUAUGAGGGUCUCCUGAAAUAUGCAGAGGCAGACAACAAUACUGCUCCUGCUUCCUACACAGAGAUAUCAACAGACUCAAAAAGGCUAAAAGUGUAUAUGAACAGUACGACAGAUACAGUGUUUUCCAUAGACCCCCAGCUACCCAGUACAAGUGUACAGACCACCACCACUCCAGAUAAACCGAAGAUGACAAUGCAUCUUUACCUUUCCCCGGAAUACAGGAGCCCAUCUGAGGGGAUUGUGGAAGUGCAGAGCAACAAAACAGUAUACGCAGAGGUCUCAACCAGCCUUUCAAUGGAGGGUGCUCAGCUGGAUAUCGAGAACUGCUCUCUCCAAGCCAGAGCGCUGGGGACGGAGAUAAAGAGCCUGGAUAUUAAGAAGGAGACCUGCAACCCCAAGAUGUGCUCCCGCAGGAGGUUCAGCUUCACCUUAAAACCUGUCCAGGAGCACCAUAGCCAGCGCUGGGACCUCCAGUGCUUCACUGCCAUCUCCGUUGUGACUCACCCGAUUUCAAGAGAAAGAGUAGAGAGAGGCCUGAAAGUCAUCAAAGCGAUUUCUACUUUGCCGCCCAGGGAAUUCCACGGCCUGGAACUGGGAGCAGUGCUGGGAAUCGCCUUUGCAUCCUUCCUCAUCGGAGCCUGCCUGACUGGGGCUCUGUGGUUCAUCCACACACACACCGGUUCUACAGUGAAGCGGCAGCCAGUGCCCACCAUACCCCCUGCGUCUGAGAACAGCAGCGCAAACCACAGUAUCGGGAGCACCCAGAGCACCCCCUGCUCCAGCAGCAGCAUGGCAUAGGGAGCCCGUCCUCUCCCCUGCCUGGCACAGGGAGCCCGUCCUCUCCCCUGCCUCCCGGACACUCGCACACCGCCGCAAGCCAGAGGGUGGGGGGACCAUCCACGUGCCCUGCUGGACACAAGACCUUGUUCGAUGGAGCACAAAGCCCGUCUCUUAGAAGCCAACAGCAAAUACAACUUUAAAAGCAUUAAAAAAAGCUAAACUUUUUUAAAUGAAUUUCCUCCACAAGGGGAAUGACAAAAACAGCAGCACAUCUGAAACAGCAAUAACCUUAUUGAACUGCCUAUCAGCCAACAGAAGCAAUCUCGUUACCAGCAACAGACCGCAGAACAACUAGACGUUUGUACACAUUCAUAUACUAUGCUCAUAAAAAACAGCCUUGAUCCUAUGGAGUCUUUUAAAAUAAAGGAUGUAAUCAUAAAUACAGGCAGGUUUAGUAGCUGUACCAGGACACUUGAAAAUCCCAGAGAAAUGAACGUGGCUCAUUUGAUCAGCCUUCGCACAGCUUGAAGCUCCACAUUGAGCUCACCAGUUUAGAAGUAUCUCUUUUGAAUAUAAUGGGAGUCAGGAGCAAGGAUAUCCAGUGUGAUAUUGCAAUUCUCCCACUAGCAGCAGUAGAUUAAAUAGAUUUUGGAGAUCAUGUAUAUGUUUCUAUGUUUCAUUUCUCACCAGUGUAAUGUCCCGUUGUGUGUAUUCUGCAUGGUAUGCCUGUUGUUGCUUACCUCAUUUUUUUCAUUGCUUCUGAAAAGACUCCUCAGGGUUGAUUGCUGGUAGUUAAGGUGGGGAGGCAUAUUAGUCCUGUGCUGUGGACUGCACCCUGUGCAACACUGAUCUGCUUCCCCAGCUCACUUGCCUGCAGUCAGAAGCAUUGUUUUGCUGCUAAGCAUGGUAAAUAAUAAUCUCAGCAGAAAAGGCAGAGAAUCAUACAGAACACACAUUAUAGGAUAUGAAGUGUAGAGAAAUGUAGAUUAUAUGAAGUAUUCCUUCACGGCCCAGCAGAGAAUCUAUAGCUGUGUUUCCACUGUCCAGACCCCUCUCUCGUUGAGAACUAUGCCUUUGACUGCCCCCCCCUUUCCGUCACAAGGAGGUUCAUUCAGGGCUCAGUAUUGUAGGAAAAGGUGGAGCAUGAGUGGGAACUGGGCAUGGAAACGCAGCUUUCAAGUGCUGACAGUCAGACAGUGGGCAGCAUGUAUGUGCCUCUUCAAACAAACACGAAUGCUGUGCACAGCUCUGCUCGCUGCUUCCUAACCACCCGUCUCCCUGCUGCACCACAUUGUUUAGAGGCAGACCUUAAAAAAAUGUACAUAUAGUUGAAAAACUACCUAACAGCGAUUCUUUGUGCUAAAUAAAGUAGCUGUAUUUUAUGUGAUGUUUUUGAUUUGUUUAAUGUUGUGAUGGGUCAACUUUUAAAAAUUGUUAUGAAAUUAAAGGGAACUAAUGCCAUUUACUGCAAUUACAUGAACUCACCUUCUGGGGGCACUACUGAUUAUUAUCCAGUACCAGUAACUUAUUUGUUAUAAUGUGGCUGUGUUUUUGCGAAACCAAGUUUGAGUUAGUGCAAUAUGUAAUUUCAUGCUCUCAGAAGAAAGGCAGCUUUGUGUUCUCUAUGCAGUGGCAUUUCCAGUGACCGUUCAUGUUGAAUGUUAUUCUGAUCUGUCCCAUUAUGAUAUAUCUGCAGUGUGGCCCCCUGAAAAUCCUGCAGAACAUUAUUUGCACAUAAUAGAUAAUAUUUGGCCACAUUUUUAGAUGUGUUAAAACAAAGUGAACUAUAAAGCUGGGUCAUCACCCAAGCUCACUGUCCAUUACUCUCACCUGUAAAACAGCCAGUCUGCUUGAGCAGAAGUGCAGCCUGCGAACGGGCGGAUUUAUUAUACCCGGGGCCCUGGGCAUAAACUUCUGACAGGGCCCACCCGUCACACACCCACCCGUUCACGAAGCCCAUUUGCCUCCUUGUGUAACUUUUCCACAUAUUAGGCAUUUUGUUUUGAUUAUGUAUCAGGUUUUUAGUGUGUGUUUAAUUUUAUGGGAAAAUCCGAAAUCGGUUAUUUUUAAAACUGAGAUCAGGAAAAAUGCAAAAUAAUAACAGAUUUCAUAGGGCCCUACAUCUGCUAAAAAAUAACAACACGCACGAAACGCAAAACUAUUUGCCCUCAAUGCAACAAUCACACAGAGUACGUAACCACAUGAAAAGACAGCAUACUGUCUGUCUACACACCAACCCAGAGUCUGCAACAAGCAGCGCUAUCACCCAAAGUACUGCCAGUGAACUGUUAGCUAUAAAACAACACAAUGCCACUCUACAGCACGUCUUCAAUGCUAAAAUUUAAUUUCAUAACAGUAAUUAUGGUAACAAGGCAGAUUCCUCGGGUUCGCUCAACUCAAUGGUUGUUUUUUCACCAGUGUAUCCUCAGGCUCUGUCUGUCGUUCACCGCCACCAGGAUUCGUAGGCUGAAGUUCGCCUCGCCAUUCAUCACCAUCAUCCACCAUAGCUAGCUCUGCAUCUGGUGCUACGCAGCAUCAGCAUUAAUAGCGUCGCACUCUCCUUUUUAAAAAAACUACUUAUUGACAGGAUGUUUUGUAAAAGCAAAGUUGCUUUGGCAUCCUCCAGUUUUCGCUUCUUUAUUGUAGAACCACGUUGUCAAUUCGUUUUUGACUAGCAGCUAGCUUUAGUGUCAUCGUUUAGCAGCAUGCAUGUAUCACUAAGUGACGCCACUCUAAAUUUUGCUCAGUAGCGAAUUGACAUUGUAUAUAAUUAGGUUGGGCGGGUUUAUGCAAGUUAUUUCACAGGACAUUUCCUGCACAGUUAAUAAGUUAAUAAUGUGUUUUGGGGAGAGAAGAUAGUUACCCGUGUUUGCAUGUGUUUAAAAUCUAAAAAUUGACAGUCUGGUCCAGUGACCAUGAUGGGGAUUUCUAGUGCAAAACGCUUGUAUAUAAAACACACACAUCAAACAAAACUUAGAUUAAAAGUGUUUAUUUGAAUCAGCUCACGUUCGCAUUAUGUGUACGAAAGGACUGUUGUCACCAGAGUUCUCGGGGCCCCGGGGCACGUGCCCCAUGUGUGCGGUCGGAAAUCCAUCCUUGCCUGCAAAAUAUAAAACACACAGAACUUUCUCAUCAUGCAGCUGUGGACCCAGCUACACACAAAGAAGGUAAAAGGCAUCUACUCAUUCAAAUAACUAUUGUGUCAAAACCAUAGCACCAUUAUAGUUCCACACACCCGCAACACUGGGCCAGGACUCCUCAGAUCCCACACCCCCAAUGCGCUCUGAAGACACUUCUCCAGUUUGGAUGCCAGUGUAUUUCAGAUAAAGGGGGUUGUGCUGUACUUCGAUACUGUAGCCUGUGUGUCACCCUUGCAUGUUUCAGAAAAUGCUUUGUUUUUCCCCACCUCCAUCUUGAGUGAAGCCUCUAACGUUGGCCCAGUUAAAAUGUAUGUAUAUUGUUAUGCCAUCUUAAAUAUAUUGUAAUUGUAUACUGACAUUCAUAAAGAAACAUAACUAAUAAAAAUGACUGGUGAGAUUA